CAGAGCAUAUUUGCGUGAUAUUUGCACAAGAGUUUAGAGUAGCGUGGGUACAAUUGCAUUGCACACCGUAAUCUUAUUAACAAAAUUGAAAUUAAGAGCUCCAAGUAUACUUUUUGUUGUAUAACUAUAAAUUGUGUUUAACUCGUAAUGGCUGAUGAAGAAUAUGAAGCUGACGACGCGGGGGCAGACUACGACGAUAUUGCCGAAGAAGAUGACAACAUAGAGGAAGCCGAGGAGCAAGAGGAGGAGGGUUACAAUGUGCAGUGCCUGGCUCCCGGCCAGGCUGGAGGAGGUGUGGAGAAAUCUAAAAGAAUUACCACCCGCUAUAUGACGAAAUACGAACGAGCUAGAGUCUUAGGUACAAGAGCACUCCAGAUAGCCAUGUGUGCCCCCGUGAUGGUGGAGCUGGAAGGCGAAACUGACCCCCUGCAGAUAGCCAUGAAGGAACUCAAGCAACGGAAAAUUCCCAUCAUCAUCCGAAGAUACUUACCUGACCAUUCCUAUGAAGACUGGAGCAUUGAUGAACUGAUCAUUAUUGACCAUUAGAUCAUUAGACUACUUUAGAAUAAUUCUUCAAGAAGAGGAUGUUUUGUGAAAAUUACUUAGAAAAAAAUACUCUAAGGCUUAUUUAAAUCAUCUGUUCAAAGUAUUCACAUUUGGUAUUUUUGAAAUCAUAAAACCUAGACCUAACAGCAGAGGAAAGAACAAAAGUCAAAAUAAAUUAUAAGAAAUAACUUUACAAGCAAAGCAACAUGCAUCAUAAUAUGUAUUGUUCCAAGCAAUAAGCCCUUCUUUAUUAAACUACAUGAUCUUAAACAUACAUUGUCAAAGCGGACCCCAGGCUCCCAUGAGCCGUGGCAAUAUGCCGGGAUAACGCAAGGAGGAUGAUAAUGAUGAUGGUAAAUUGAAUGUUCGACAUAAUGUAAGAUUAAGGAUAAUAUUAAAGUUUAUUUUUAA